AGUGAGGGCUCUUGGGUUAGUUCCUGUUAGGCCCCGGCCGGGGGAGUAGGUUGAAGUCUCUUAAGAUGCCCGGUGGGCUGGGGCACCGGGGGCUGUGAAGAAGGCGUGAGGGGGCGACGAGGGGAGACCGCGGCAGGCCCAAACGAGAGCGGCGGCCGAGCCCGCCUUCCCUGCACCAUGCUCAUAGAGGAUGUGGAUGCCCUCAAGUCCUGGCUGGCCAAGUUACUGGAGCCGAUAUGUGAUGCUGACCCUUCAGCCUUAGCCAACUACGUUGUUGCACUGGUCAAGAAGGACAAACCUGAGAAAGAAUUGAAAGCCUUUUGUGCUGAUCAACUUGACGUCUUUUUACAAAAAGAAACUUCAGGUUUUGUGGAUAAACUAUUUGAAAGCCUCUAUACUAAGAACUACCUUCCGCCUUUGGAACCAGUUAAGCCUGAGCCAAAACCAUUAGUCCAAGAAAAAGAAGAAAUUAAAGAAGAGGUAUUUCAGGAGCCAGCAGAGGAAGAACGAGAUGGCAGAAAAAAGAAAUAUCCUAGUCCCCAGAAGACUCGUUCAGAAUCUAGUGAACGAAGGACACGUGAGAAGAAAAGAGAAGAUGGUAAGUGGAGAGACUAUGAUAGGUACUUUGAGCGGAAUGAAUUGUACCGUGAGAAGUAUGACUGGAGAAGAGGCAGGAGUAAAAGCCGGAGUAAGAGCCGAGGCCUGAGUCGAAGUCGAAGCCGAAGUAGGGGGCGAAGCAAAGACCGGGAUCCAAAUCGGAAUGUUGCAGAGCACAGGGAAAGAUCCAAGUUUAAGAGUGAAAGGAAUGACUUGGAGAGUUCAUAUGUGCCUGUGUCUGCACCGCCUCCAAACUCUUCGGAGCAGUAUUCCUCUGGGGCCCAGUCUAUUCCCAGCACUGUUACUGUGAUUGCACCUGCGCACCACUCUGAAAACACCACGGAGAGUUGGUCUAAUUACUAUAACAAUCAUAGCUCUUCCAAUUCUUUUGGUCGAAACCCACCACCAAAGAGGCGAUGCAGAGAUUAUGAUGAAAGAGGAUUUUGUGUACUUGGUGACCUUUGUCAGUUUGAUCAUGGAAAUGAUCCCCUGGUUGUUGAUGAAGUUGCUCUGCCAAGCAUGAUUCCUUUCCCUCCACCUCCUCCUGGGCUUCCUCCUCCACCACCUCCUGGAAUGUUAAUGCCUCCAAUGCCAGGCCCAGGCCCUGGUCCUGGCCCUGGUCCAGGCCCAGGCCCAGGUCCAGGUCCAGGUCCUGGCCACAAUAUGAGACUUCCUGUUCCCCAAGGACAUGGCCAGCCUCCACCUUCUGUUGUGCUUCCCAUACCAAGACCACCCAUAACACAGUCAAGCUUAAUAAACAACCGUGACCAGCCUGGGUCAAGUGCAGUGCCCAAUCUUGCACCAGUGGGAGCAAGACUACCUCCUCCUUUACCCCAGAACCUCCUUUAUACAGUAUCAGAACGACAGCCCAUGUACUCUCGUGAACAUGGUGCUGCUGCAUCUGAGCGACUUCAGUUGGGGACACCGCCUCCUCUGUUGGCAGCUCGUUUGGUGCCACCUCGAAACCUCAUGGGAUCCUCCAUUGGGUACCAUACCUCAGUCUCCAGUCCCACCCCUCUGGUCCCAGAUACAUAUGAACCAGAUGGUUAUAAUCCAGAAGCUCCUAGUAUUACCAGUUCUGGUAGAUCUCAGUACAGACAGUUCUUUUCAAGAACACAGACACAGCGCCCAAACCUGAUUGGCCUAACAUCUGGAGAUAUGGAUGCAAAUCCAAGAGCUGCUAACAUUGUCAUCCAGACUGAACCACCAGUUCCUGUUUCAAUUAAUAGCAACAUAACCAGAGUAGUUCUUGAACCAGAUAGCCGAAAAAGAGCUGUGGGUGGCUUGGAAGGGCCACUCACAAAGAAACCUUGGCUUGGAAAGCAAGGGAAUAACAAUCAGAGUAAACCAGGAUUCUUAAGAAAGAAUCAGUAUACAAAUACCAAGUUAGAAGUCAAGAAAAUUCCUCAGGAGUUGAACAACAUUACCAAGCUCAAUGAACACUUCAGCAAAUUUGGAACUAUUGUUAACAUCCAGGUUGCUUUUAAGGGAGAUCCAGAAGCAGCCCUUAUCCAAUAUCUUACCAAUGAGGAGGCCAGGAAAGCCAUUUCUAGCACUGAAGCUGUUCUAAACAACCGAUUCAUUCGAGUCCUGUGGCAUAGAGAAAACAAUGAGCAACCAGCACUACAGUCCCCAGCACAGCUGCUCCUACAACAACAGCAAACACUUAGUCACAUGUCACAACAGCACCAUCACCUGCCACAGCACCUUCAUCAGCAAUCUUCUACUGCAACGGUACAUGGAGGUAUCCAGAAGAUGAUGAGCAAACCACAGACACCGGGUGCAUAUGUUCUUAACAAAGUUCCUGUGAAACAUCGUCUUGGACACGCAAGUGCUAACCAGAGUGAUGCGGCACACUUGUUAAAUCAGUCAGGUGGUGCUGGAGAUGAUUGCCAGAUAUUUUCACCUCCAGGCCAUCCAAAAAUGAUUUACAGCUCUUCAAACUUAAAGACUCCUUCAAAACUUUGUUCAGGGUCUAAAUCUCACGAUGUUCAAGAAGUUCUUAAAAAGAAGCAGGAAGCAAUGAAGCUACAACAAGAUAUGAGGAAAAAAAGGCAAGAAGUGUUAGAAAAACAGAUAGAAUGCCAGAAGAUGCUAAUAUCCAAGCUAGAAAAAAACAAAAACAUGAAACCAGAAGAGAGAGCAAAUAUAAUGAAGACUUUGAAAGAGCUUGGUGAAAAGAUCUCACAACUGAAAGAUGAAUUAAAAACAUCUUCUGCAGUCUCCACACCAUCGAAAGUGAAGACCAAAACAGAGGCCCAAAAAGAACUAUUAGAUACUGAACUGGACCUUCACAAGAGGCUGUCCUCAGGAGAAGACACAACAGAAUUACGGAAAAAACUCAGUCAGUUACAGGUUGAGGCUGCACGAUUAGGUAUCUUACCAGUGGGUCGUGGAAAGACCAUGUCCUCCCAAGGUCGAGGAAGAGGCCGAGGUCGUGGAGGAAGAGGAAGGGGCUCACUAAAUCACAUGGUGGUGGACCACCGGCCCAAAGCACUAUCAGUUGGGGGACUCAUUGAAGAGGAAAAAGAUGAUUUACUUCAGCAUUUCUCAGCUUCAAACCAAGGGUCAAAAUUUAAAGACCGUCGGCUACAAAUAUCAUGGCACAAGGCCAAGGUGCCUUCUGUAUCUACAGAGACCGAGGAAGAAGAAGUCAAGGAGGAGGAAACAGAAACCUCAGAUUUGUUUUUGCCUGAUGAUGAUGACGAAGAUGAAGAUGAAUAUGAGUCUCGUUCAUGGCGAAGAUGAAAUCUGAAGCGAGCUGUAUAAUUUUUAGGAAUAUUUGUUUAGAAGAACAACUUUUAAAGUUAUUUAAAGACGUCAAUGAGCCAAAAAAUUUUUUUUAUUUUUCUUUCAACACAAUAGAUUUAAGGACAGCAAGUUUGCUAUUUAAACACAUCUCAUAACUGUUCAUGAUAUUAAAGCACCAAAGGCCUAGUACUUUUACACAGUUGUGAAGAUCCACAGGAUGACAUGGAUAAUCUCUAGAGCCUUAUUUUUCCACACCACCUGUCUUCGUUGCUACUGGUGUUGGAUUAUGAUGUAAAUGACAGGGUGUUCAGAAAU